AUGGCACAAGGUGUUAAAUGUACUGAAUGUGGAUGCUCUUGUAAAGGAAAAACUGAUCAAGGUGCAUUACAUCUUCAUGUUGAAAUAGAAAAUUUAAAACAAAAAUUAGUCGAAAGAGAAAAUCACAUAAUGAGAAUGGAAACUAAUUUUUUAACAGAAGUUGAUAAAAAUCCUAACGGAGAGUAUGCAGCACUGGCAGAAGAAUUAUUAACAUGGCAAGAUAAGUAUUCAAGAUUAUAUGAAGCUCAUAAAAGAGUUCAAAAAGUUAAUCAAAAUUUAGAAGAUAAACUUUUGAAAAUUGUCGAUAAAUGUGAAACUGAAAAGGGGAUUUUAACUAAAGAUAUUGCUACAUUAGAACAAAAAUUAUCAGAAGCAAAUGCUAAUAUGGUUUGGUUAAAGGAAGAAAACGAAAGAAAUAGAAAUGAUGUCAACUUAGCUAUUCAGUUAUUGCAAUGCAAGCCUUCAAAUUUUGUGCCUCAAAAAUUUGAAUCACUUCCUUUAGAUCUCCAACAAAAAGUUAAAUUGUAUAUGUCAAACAAAAAAAAAUGCGGAGAAGGAAACAAUCAACCCAAACACGAAAUGAAAACAAUAAAAGUUCCAAUACCGACAUUUCCUCCGACAGCCAUGUUUUAUUCAGUAAAUAAAUCUUCUGAUCAAAAAUCUGGAAAACCUGUUGACAUUGUUUCUGCUGCAAUAAUGGCAAAAAUUUUGGAAGAACGAGAAAAAGAACGUCAAAAUAUAAAACACUGCAGGACUUGCGUUUGCCCCCUACAAAAAUUAUUUACAGAUCAAUCGUGCCAAACAGAAGAUUUAUUAUUUUCUUCCAUAUGUACCGACAGUGGCCAUUUAAUAUUAGAUAAUCAUAACGUUUUUGGUAAUUCUAAAAAUCAAAUAUUGAAAAUAGAAACUUAUCAAAGUCAAUCGCCUUCAGUUAGUAGUGCAAUAUUAAUAGAAAGAACUUGUGUACCUAUCGAUAACAAUAAUACAGUAAACAAUAAUAAUUACAAUAAUAAUCCGAUAAAAAAUGUCGAAGAAAAUAGUGAUUUAUUAACUCCUAAGAAAAAUGAUUUAUUAAAAUUAAACGUUGGUAGAAAUCGGUAUCAUUCUAGUAAAUUAAGUCGCGGCGUUAAUCGUAAUUUGUGCAAUACGAAAAAAGAUAAAUUAGAAGAGGUUGGAGCGCGUAAUAGCGAGAUUUACAUGGAUGGUAGUGUUCGUUUUAGUGAUUCGAAUCCUUUAAAUAAUAAAGACGUUGCAAUUGACGUCGAACAAGAUUUAAUUAAAAAUACAACAAAAUCAGGACCGAGAAGAUGUUCAGUUAGUGUUCAAAUGAAUUCGAGCAACAUCCUUUUAGAUAACAUGACGUGUUUUUUUCCAGUACUUGGAAAUCAACAACCUCCUCAUCCUUAUGCUUUAGUUCACAGAUCCAGGUCAACAUCAGAUUCGGGUUCCAGCAACGAUGAAAACAUCGAGUCCAGGCCAACGGAAACUAGGAUUUGA